AUGGCUUCUGAUAAGUACCUAAAAAUCGAUCGCGGUUCUUUCCCUUAUGUGUUUAUGCAACACAAGGAUAUUCCUUUGCAGACAUAUGACACCGGCUUCCUUCGUUGCAACAUAUAUCUACCCAACGAUGCAGCGCCCUUCGGCAACAAGAAAUAUCCAGUCAUUGCGACCUACGGCCCAUACGGGAAAGACGUCCCCUACAAAGUCUUCUUUCCCAAAUCCUGGGAUCAACUCAACCCAGUUAUGAAAUCCGAGCACGCAGCCUGGGAAACUCCAGACCCUGGAUAUUGGACCUCAAAGGGCUACAAUGUUGUACGAGUGGAUGAACGUGGAGCUGGCCAAAGUCCCGGGGAGCUUGAUACUAUGUCUCGCGGUACCAGCGAGGCCUUUUUUGACGUGAUUGAGUGGUGUGCAGAGCAAGAGUGGUCAUCUGGGAAAGUAGGACUAUUGGGUAUUAGUUACUACGCCGGGACGCAGUGGAGGGUUGCUGCAAGGCGGCCGAAGGGGCUGGCAGCUAUUAUUCCGUGGGAGGGUAUGAGCGAUUAUUAUCGUGAUCGCGUGAGGCACGGUGGUAUCCUAUCUGACAAGUUCAUCAAAUUCUGGUGGGAGAACGCCGUUGAUAAAAACCAGUACGGAAAGCCUGGUCGUGCAGCUAAAAACUGGGGCCUCGAUACUUUAGAUGGAGAUCUAGACGAGAAGACCUUGAUCACGAACCGACGAAAUCAGAUGGAAGACACGGCUUCUCACCGAUUCCUAGACGAGGAAUACUACGCCAGUCGCAACUUCGAAGUCGAGGACAUCGAGGUCCCGCUACUCAGUGUAGCAAACUGGGGAGGAAUUCUUCUCCAUCUUCGUGGUAAUGUCCUCGGAUGGAUGCGCGCCUCCUCUCAGUAUAAGUUCCUCCAUUUCAUCGUCGGUCGACACGAUUUGCCAUUCUACUAUGACCAUUCCGCCAAGUUACAGCAGUCAUUCUUCGAUGCUUUCCUGAAGGAUAAUGACUAUGAUGGCUGGAAGAGUGGUGAACAGCCGCGAGUCAAGCUAUGCUUAAGGAAGGGAGACUGCGGUGUCGAUGAUCCGGAGCGGGAGCUUGCUUUCCCAACGCGCGGUGAAGCGGAUUGGCCGAUUCCUGACACAAAGUAUACAAAAUUCUUCUUAAACGGAAGUAACGAGCUAUCUGAAUCGCCAAAAGGUGAGAAGAAAACCUUUUCGUAUGAUGCAUUGGCCGGUGAGCCAGUGUGGUUCCGCUAUACGGUUCCCAACACGCUAGAGUUGACUGGUCACAUACUCGCACACUUAAACAUAUCGUCAUCUAGCAAGAAUGGGAAGACACCCACGGACAUCGACCUCUUUGUUACUCUCCGAAAGCUCGCGAAAGAUAGCUCUGAGAUCUAUUACACCGGCACAAUGGGCGACCCGGUCCCGCUCGUCAAGGGUUGGCAGCGAGUAUCUUUGCGGAAGACUGAUCCUUCGAACUCUCUCCAUCGUCCGUACUUACCAUACCGGAAUUAUCGCGGGUCGGAGGUGCAGGAGGUAAAGGUGGGUGAGUUGUACGAAGUUGAUGUAGAGGUUUGGCCGACAAAUGUCGUGUUGGAGGAGGGAGAGACCUUGGUGUUUGAGGUGGCUGGACACGAUACUCAGGGUGUGGGUCACUUUUCGCAUGGUCAUACUGAAGACAGGAAAUUAGAAGUCUUUGAUGGCUUGAACAACGUUCAUGUUGGAGGCGAUGAUAGCUGGUUGCUUCUGCCAAUUAUUCCAGAGAGGUCAUAG